CAGAACUUCUCACACGCGGUUCGGGUCUGCGAAGCCGUGCUUAUAAAAGUUUUUAUUGAAUUAUUUGUUUGCUAAAUGUUGAAAUGGCUACCCAAGACGGUCAGAAUAAUCCCCCGGAUUCUUGGGACCAAGAAUUAAACGGCGGAUCAGGUGAUUCUGGCCCAGUUUCGGAACUUUCCAAGCCUUUAUCCAGUCUCAACGUGAACGCACCAGCAUUCGUUCCCGGACAGAAUGUGUUUGCUGCGGAAUUUGUGCCUUCUACAUCAAGUUGUACACCCUCGGCUGACGAGAACCAGGGUACGGAAUCUGCAACUGUAAAUGAGGAAUCAAAGACGUCAGAUGGACAUAAUGAAGCAGCCAAGGUUAACAACCUAGAUGAAGACCAAAGCUCGCCAGAUGACUGGGCAGAUAAUGAUGAUGAUGAUGAGGAGGAGGAGGAGGAAGGUGAUGAAGCCCAAGGCACAGACUCUGGAGAAGCAUCCUCAGACACAGCCACAGCCACCAAAAAGAAGAAAAAUGGAGCUAAAGAGGCAGAGAAAAGUAUUAAAAAGGAGCAUGUCAAUGUUGUCUUUAUUGGCCAUGUAGAUGCUGGGAAAUCCACAAUUGGAGGCCAUAUAAUGUAUUUGACUGGUCAAGUUGACAAAAGAACACUGGAGAAAUAUGAGCGAGAAGCAAAAGAGAAGAACAGAGAAACUUGGUACUUAUCCUGGGCACUAGACACAAACCAGGAGGAGAGAGACAAGGGCAAAACUGUGGAAGUUGGCAGAGCAUUUUUUGAAACUGAAAAGAGACAUUUUACUAUAUUAGAUGCUCCUGGCCACAAGAGUUUUGUACCUAAUAUGAUAGGUGGUGCUUCACAGGCAGAUUUAGCAGUCUUGGUAAUAUCAGCGAGAAAAGGAGAGUUUGAGACUGGAUUUGAGCGAGGAGGCCAAACGCGAGAACAUGCCAUGUUGGCCAAGACUGCUGGAGUUAAGCACCUAGUCGUACUCAUUAAUAAAAUGGAUGACCCCACAGUAGAGUGGUCAGAAGAUCGGUACAAUGAAUGCAAAGACAAACUCAUUCCAUAUUUGAAGAAGGUGGGGUUUAAUCCAAAGGCAGAUGUGUACUUCAUGCCUGUGUCAGGAAUGACGGGAGCAUUUUUAAGGGACGUUCCUUCAGAAGAAAUCUGUCCUUGGUACAGGGGCCCAGCUCUGAUUGAGUACUUGGAUGCACUUCCCUCAAUGAACAGGAUGGCAGAGGGACCAGUGAGGGUGCCAGUUGUAGACCGAUACAAGGAUAUGGGAACCAUUGUAUUGGGGAAGGUGGAGUCUGGGGUAAUAUCAAAGGGCCAGGUCUUGAUGCUGAUGCCAAACAAGGUAAAUGUGGAGGUAAUGAUGCUGUGGUCAGAUGAUGAAGAAACAGAUACUGCAAAUCCUGGAGAAAAUGUGAAGGUGAAGCUUAAGGGGGUAGAGGAAGAGGAUGUGUCUGCUGGAUUUGUUUUGUGUUCACUCGACAGUCUCUGUCACACAGGACGAAUAUUUGAUGCUCAAAUUGUGAUCUUGGAGCACAAGUCUAUCAUCUGUGCAGGAUACAGUGCUGUCCUGCAUAUUCACACCUGUGCUGAGGAAGUAACUAUCAAGGCAUUGUUGUGUGUACUAGACAAAAAGACAGGGGAAAAAACUGUGAUGAAACCUAGAUUUAUCAAACAAGACCAAGUGGCAAUAGCCCGACUUGAAGUCAAUGGGGGCAUGAUCUGUUUAGAAGCCUUCAAACAGUUUCCACAGAUGGGACGGUUCACAUUAAGGGAUGAAGGAAGGACGAUUGCUAUUGGGAAAGUGCUGAAGGUACGGGAGUAAAUACACAACUUGUGCCCACCAAGGGAUGCAAUUCUAAAGACUAUGAAGGAAACUGAGUGUAGGCCUUUUGUUGGUCAUGAGAGACUUGUGCACAGUAGCUAGGAGUUUCGCCUCAUCGCCCUGUCCGGAACUGCUGCCAUGCCAAAGGGAAGGGUUGUGUGCUCCGGGAAGCUGUUUGGAAGGUUUCCCUGCUCAUCAGGAGGCAAACCAUCGCUAUUUCAUCUCAUCCAAUCCAGUGCUGUAUUAUCCUUCGUCCUCAUAUUUUGAUAUAUAUAUGUGUAUAUAAAAGUUAAAAAAUGUAUGAAAUUUACAACAAAAAAGAAGAAAGAAAAGUUUUACAGAGGAAUGUGUAAUCUGAUAUUGUUGAAUUCUGAUAUUGCCUGUACCUCGAGUCUUGGUAUGGUGGGCGCACGCGCACUACUGAUCCCUCCUCUGGCAACUGACACUGCUGUAAUUUGUGGAGAUCAAAUGUAUGUGUACCUUGUAAUACCCUGCCACAUGUCAGUCAAGCUUUGGUUAUCUUCAAAGUGAACAUAGCACUUAGUUCUAACAUUUCUACGCCUUGCAGAAACUUAUUGUUCUUAAUGGUACACAUAGCUGGCAAGAUUGUCUUCAGGUCAAGCUUGUGAUUAUUUCAGGAAAGUGUUAUGUUAUGGAGGUGAAAAUCAGGGACAGUCAGACCACAGACAUUCUGCAUGUGGGUCUGUCAAACACAUCAAGGUUGUACCUGUCAAAGGGUGUAAACCAGUGCUUUCUCUUGACAGUUCUUGAAUUAUUUGCGUUGAUGGAACUGUAAUAUCAAACGCUGUGCAGAUCCUAAUUGAACUCCACAUCAAGACCACCUUUGUCACUUCAUAGCCAUUUCACAGUUGACUUGUGCUCUGGUCAAUCUUCAUGAUGUUUAUGCAUGUAUGGUCCAGACAGAUUUUUACUCAACCCUGCUGUCAAAGCUGUUAAUACAGCUUAAAAAAAAUUGUUGACCGUUUUAUGAUUGGUAUAUUGUCUAUGACCUAGCAAGUCUCUGGGUAAGUUUUCAUGCUACCAGUGUUUAUUUUUAAAGCAUUUCCAUUCCAUUUUCAUACGUAGCACUAGCUUUAUUGACUGGAGUUUUGAGUUAACAGAAUUUUCUUUUCAAAUGUAACACUGUGGUGCUGCAUGAAUUUGAACUGUCAAAGCACAGUUAAAGACAAAAUAUGAUGCAAAAUGUACCAGAUACCUGAUGGCAUCACUUUAAUAAAUAAAUAAAUGUUGAACCAUUGCACUACAUUGUGAAGCAUAUAACUGAAGAUGUUUUACAGUGUGAAACUACUUUUCCAUGGAAUAAUGAAUUAAACUGACAGUGAUCAAAUCCAGUUGGUGUGCUCAUUGGCAUGUUUCAAAACAAGCUUUUUCCAACCAAAGUAAUAUGUUGGAAGGAGUUCUUCCAGGUUUGCAAUCAAACUAAGAUGAGACAAUCUUAAGUUGAGGGAUUAGAACAGAACUCUUUUUUUUUUUCUUUUGAUCUAUAUAUAUACACAAAAGUACAUGUGCUGGACUGGUUAUGUUUGUUACGCUCUUACCAAGAUGUCCUCAGUAGUUAUUGUGUGUAUUUUUGGUUUUAUCUGUAUGAACCUCAGGUGACCUGCAAUGCGGCUUAUAUAGGUGUAGGUCUUUGCCAUGUAAAUUGUAGAUAUUACAAUGGAUUUUGCUGUUAUUGAUAGGAAUGGGGAAUGGUCAAUGGUCAGAAUAUAAAUACAAGUACCAUAUUUUUCAUAGUAUAAACUUCCCAUUUUUAUUAUUAUUUAUGUUGAAUACUUUGACUUUGUUAAUCCAAGCAUUUAGUGUAACUGUUUUACCCUAAACUUGGUCUCAACUGAAUGAUUUGGGAACUGAUUUUUCCAUACUUAAAAAUCUGCAUAUGUUGCAAAAUUAUUGAAGAGGUCACCUACUUGAAAUUUAUUUAUGAUGGCUUCCUAGCCAGCAACAAACUUGUGGACUUGUCCUUCAUGUGGGGCAGGCAUACAUUGUCACAGGUUACACUUCUAUUGUCAGAAGCCUUGUGCCUGUGUUUUACCCAUGGGUGGAAUAAAACUGUUGCCACUCUGAACUUUACCACUGCUCUGCCUGUGCCUUGCUUUUAUCAGAGUGACAAAUAACAAACAUGUUAAUUGAAGGCAAGCCGGAUUUCACAAAGUCUAUGGCAUUGCAUAAAUGAUAUAUCUUGCCAGCUUGUACUGUAGGUGUUCAGUGCAGGCUAAUGUAAUGCAGCAUGCACUUUGUGAAUCUGGCCUGUGAUUAUUGCAUGUCACUUUUCUUUGUUUGAAAGGAUAAAAGGAGUAUAUUGUCUAGGAUUUUGGUAGACUGUCUCGCACCAACCAAUGUUCAUUUCCUACAUGAUAUUCACAGCAUCACACAAUAACUGGUGGCCCUGUCUGAAUUACUUUCAUUUUUACAAGAUGGUCUAUGCUGAAUUCGUGUCCAAUCAGUUGUGAAGCUGUGUCAACAAAUGUGGAUAAAGAAAUAUGCCGUUAAAUUAACUUUGUACAACAUCUUGAGUGAAGAUGUUGCCUGUGACGUUUGUUAGACUGCUCCUGCUGGCCGUAAGUUUUACAGCAGGCAAAUAGCCAAGUUUUCUUCACAAAUAAAUAUGCCUGUGGAAGAAUUAUAAUUAAGGUUGUCUUCCAGAAAAAGCAAAAACAAUUAAUUAAAAGAAUAAAUGAGUGAACUUACCUUGCAUGUCACUGAAGUGUUGAACUUGGACAUAAAGAAAUAUAAAAGAACAACUGAUAUUCAACAUAUCGUUGAACUGAUCGUGAAGAUCUCCCAGGUAUGCAUCACAAUCAUAGCAUCAGGCACAAGGACAAUUAUUUUACUGAAAUUGUUUAUUAUACAUGUAUGUUGGAAUAACUUUAAAACAAUUCAUCACAUUGAUUUCACGAGAAAAAUAUUAUGAAGAUGACACAGACAGUAGAGCAUCUACACCCUUCUACCAUAGUUGUAUUAAUAACGUGAUCCAUGGAGAAGACGACUGUACAGUACUACACCUACCCAGCAUCUGUCUUGUGUACAUGUACCCGCAUAACCUGAUCCACUGUGUACCAGACAGGUAUUUUAUUACACCUACUUGAUAUCUUUACCAGAACAUGUUUGAUACUGGUAGCAUACAAUAUAUGCAUAAUGUUACACCUAUCGUAGAUCUGUGCCAGUAUAUAAUUUCAGUGAGAUACUAGGCCCGUUAAGAGCUCUGCACCAGUGUAACACCAGCAGAAGUGUACAACAUUACCCGAGCUUUAACCACUCUCUCCUAGGGUAACUUCAGGAGGAGUUUACAGCUUUCUACCAUGGUGACAAAAUCUGUUAGUUCUGUACCAGUGGUAACAUUAGCGGAAGUGUACACCAUGUUGGCCUUGUCCCCAGCAUAGGUUCCACAAAUAUUUCUGAAAGCUAUGCUGGGAAUAAUGAAACAGAUCUCAGAUCUAACCACUAGCAUAACUUUUGCAGCUCUCUACGAGUGUAACAUCAUCAGAAGUGUACACCAUUACCACACGUUACAGCUCUGUACCAGUGUAACAUCAGCUGGAGUGUACACCACUGCCAUAAAUUCUACAGCUCUGUACCAGUGUAACAUCUGCUGGAGCCUACAACACUGAUAAACGUUACAACUCUGUACCAGUAUAACAUCAGAUGGAGUGUAUAGCAUGACCAUACCUUUUACAAUUCUGUACCAUAGUAAAAAUCAUGUUACAGUGCUGUGCCAGUGCAUCAUCAUAAGUGUACAUCACUACCAUAACUCUGUACCAGUGUACCAUCAGGAGUAAACACUACCGUAACUUAUACAUCUCUGUACCAGUGUAACAUCAAAAGUAAACUACACUACCAUAACUUUUACACCUCUGUACAGUGUAACAUCAGGAAUGUACAACACUACCGUAACUUUUUCAGCUCUGUACCAUUGUAACCUCAGGAGUGUACAAUACUAUCGUAACUUUUACUCCUCUGUAUCAGUAACAUCAUCUGGAGUGUACAACACUACCAUAACAUUUACAAAGUCUUAUUUCUCUUCACAUUUUUCAUUAAAGACAUCCAAGUUGCCGUGCCAUAAGGCCGCGUUAUUUACAAGAAAAGUUACAAAACAUUGAUAUACAAAGUUUUGUGAAAGUGGGACCUGUAUCAGUGUAAUCAGGAGUGUACAACACUAGCACACCUUUCACCAUCCUAUACCAGUGUAACCUCAGCUGGUGUGCUGAAUGCUGUAUGUUCUACAGCCCCGUAACAGUGCGCAUGUACCAUGUGAAAAUGUGCAGAAUAUCACAGUCAUGAUGAAAUUAUUCAUGAUUUCAUUCUAUACAUGUAUUUACACUUACAAAUGCUACAAAGAGUCCCUACAAAUUGUAUAGACUAAAUCCUUUAGUGUUAGUGUUUUUAACAGUUCAGUGGUGAAAGUUGGGCUCUGUACAGGUCUUCACAUAGUUUAAGGACAGGAUAUAUACAAGUACAGCACUGGAUACUGAUUUCCUGUUUCACUGAAAACCUAUCUUUACAUGAAUUCAUCCUAAUUUGUUAUUUUGUCUACGUCCUUAGUUCUUUUGGUGGCUUGUAUUGAACGUUGUUUAGCAAAUUUGUAUUGCUAUUAUUGACCUGGAACAUCCACUAUGACUGACAAUUGGUUUUUACAUGCAUCUUUGGCACCUACACUGUAGAUUAAGGUUUUCUUUAACUACAUCAUGCUAAAACUUUCUCAACUCACAUCACAGUUUUUGAAUGAACAAUGUGAUAAUGUAUGUAAGCAAUCAGACAGAAAUUCCAAUUUCAAGAAUAAUCAUUCAUAUGGAUAAAAAAUUACAGUUGUUUUCAUGAAUAAUAUUUACAGGCACAACUUGUACUAAUACCCUCAAUCUUAAUACCCGAGUAUCACUGAUGUACUCCUCGCUCAUAUAGUCCUUGUAGGUAUUACUGUAUGUAUAAAGUAAUAAUUUGACACUGAAUUGACUGGAAUGGCAGUGUUUCAUGCAAUCACGAAGACAAAGGCUGUAUACCAGUGUGACUAUAUCAUACAGUAAGGUUUUUUUCACUCCUCAAUUUUUCAAGACAAAGCCUGAUGUACAAAAGCCUUCAAAAACAAAGCUCAAUGCAUGCAAGCCUUUGCUGCUUAUUGAAAUACAAAUGUAGAUUAAGACUGUUAACAAUAAAAUGUUGUUUCCAGCAAUACAAUAAUAUUGGUGUUUGAUAUUCUUACUCUUUGUGAGGGCAUAGAACAGGAGUGCUUCGCUGUAUUUGCCACAACAGCUUCCCAUAUUUUUUGUAGACAGGAUAUUCCUUUCAAAUAUAAAAGCAAUACCAUGCAAACAUACAACAGGGUUAAUAUUUACACGCAUAUUAAAAAGGUCCUGCAAAGACAUCUGAACACAUAUUCUGCACAUAAGUACUUAUCUCCACUGAAUGUGACGAGGUUAUUGAGAAAACCAACAGUAUUACCUGCAAAAAUCCAUGCAGCUGAUACUACUGGAAUAUAGUAAAUGAGGGUUGCAUCCACACAAUUUACAGUCACUGUAAUUAUUCUAAUUUUGGGGACACCUGGCCAGCUCUUUUUCACCAAUACACAUGUAAUUGUAACAGAAAUACGUUUCCCUUUCUCACACAGUUAGUCCAUCUAAUGAACAACAUAUAUCUAAUGCUUCAAACUUUUCAACCGUCUCUGCAACCAAUCUUUUGAAACAUUCUGAGAAAACUGGGGUGUAGAGAAAUAUCUGGCACAGUUCUAUGACCCUUGAAUCUUUUAAUUACACGAACAAAUCAUUUUAAGCAUCAUGGUCAUAAUAACUGUAUGCAUAAAUUCCACUGAAAAAAAGUGCUUUAGUGGUUGAAAAGGUUGAAGAUUUACAUUACCUAUCUUUAACGGGCUGGUCCUAAUACAUACAUACAUAUUUAAAGUGCUCCCUCACUGGAGCACCAUGUGAAAGACACCAGACAUAUGUCCCACCAAGUUUACUUAAACUGGGUACGAUUAAGCUGAGCACUGGAGUAGAGAGUGAACCCAAUAUCUCCGGCGUAUAAGGGAGAUUUUAUUUAUUUGUUUUAUUGGAGUUUUACGCCGUACUCAAGAAUAUUUCACUUAUACAACGGCAACCAGCAGUAUGCUGGCUCCACCUCUAAAUGUGGAGUGUAUUACACAUACAUAUAUGUAAUGUUAUUAUACAAAUGUCACAUUGUAAAACGUUACACAAGCGGAUUCAUUCAAGUUUGUCAGAUUUGCCUAUAAUCACAACACAAAGAUUGAAGCACCUCAUGCACAACAAUAAAUGAUCAUGCUUUCAGAUGCUGUAUCGUAUGAAUGUUGGUAUGAAGAAAUGUUCACAAAUAAUUAUUAAAUAGUAUGUGAAUAGUAGCAGGUUGUGGCAGUAAAGGGCACUUUUCAAUGGUUAACACAUAAAAAUUCACUUAAAACUUUUGAGGGUAUAACUAUCAAUUAUGUAAAAAUCACUCGGGCAGGAAUACAUAAAGAAAUAAAAUCCAUUUUCUUUGACAUGAUCAGUUAUGAGAAUACAAAUAUAAAAAUCACAUCAAUAUUAACAUGACUUUGAUGCAUAGUUUGAUACACACUUCUGGCACCAAGUCUGUAAUUAAGCACCUUCUCACCAAGCGUGUCUCCCAAUACGUGUACAAACCACAGGACUCCCAAGAAAUCCUCCAGAAAUGGUGUACUUCCCUCGAGCCUUUCCAUGGCAGUUCAAGAGGAGAAAUCCAUAACCAGCCUCGGUGGUGUGAAACUGACCCUGUUUAUUGCUUUCUUAACAUUGAUGACCGUGGCCAUGUUGUCAAGCAUGUCUGUGCCAUUUUAUGUGCUGGAAAUACACAAACGCAUCUAACACUUAACACUUUCAAUCGUGCUCUACAAACUAGCCUCGGGAUUUAAUUCUGGGAAGUCUGAAUCUAAAUAAGAAUAAACCGAGGUAAACUCUCAAAAUUGGAUUGGUGUGCUAGUAAUCAGCUACUGCUAAUGUUUACCCACGAGAAGCCAGCGUGAGUAUCACAAUUAGUAUUAGUAGUAGACAGGGUUGAAGAGAAAAUGCAUGCGUCCUGUCAAGCAGAAUAACCAAAUGCACUAAGGAAGAACAUUUUAAAAAGACUCCCAUAGCAACCCAUCCCUCCUGCCCAUUUAAUAUGCCUAGUCGAGGAGCCAUCAAGGGAACCAUUUACACAGCUUUCAACACAGCUUCAAAUAAAGAAAGAGAAAAUAAAACAAACCACAAGUCUAUGAAGGUACUCCUGGUAUGUGUAUGUAAUCAACUAUGCAAGUGGUUGUCAGCUACAGUACAGCCCAUAAAAUGACACUUAAAAACCAGUCCUUCCACAGGCUUGUGCUCUCACAGCUAUUCGUCCACAUUUUACAAAAUCCUACAAUUUGAUCCUAGAGUUUAAAAGUUUCAAACAACUAAAUGUAAUAAAUUCUUCCUUACAUUUUUUUUCAAAGUAAAAUAUAUUUCAUAGAUGGACUGACUACCAGCAUUUCCCU